AUGUCUCAUCAGGUCAAACUCCAAAAGGCUAUCAGCAAGCUCAACGUCGAUGACUCCUUAGCACUGAAGCAGGCGUUUGCUGGCGAUGCCCUCCUGGAGCGCUGCCACAACACACGCAUCAAUCCUUCUGCCUACUUAUCCAAGGCUUUCAAGCAUCCAAUCACCCUCUUAACGGCUAUGUUCGAUACUGGCUGUGUGAUCAGCGGCUCUCGAGCGCUGGACUUCUUCAUUCCUGGCUCAGCUAGAGUCGAUUCUGACUGGGAUUUUUACGUUCCUGGGUACAAAGAGUCGGUCGCCGACAUGAUCAGCGCCUUGUCGGUCUGUGGAGUAACCUGGAAUUCUGAAGUAGAUGCCAUCACGACGGCUCUUCUGCGAGACGGACGAGUGGAGGUGAGCACCAAUGUGUUGGAGGCUCUCAUGUCAUGGGUCGCAGACUCUGAUCCAGGCGUGGCAACGGAGCUGUUGGGCGACGUGGUUUAUGAGAUCACGCUGUCUUUCAAAUCACUUAGGUGCACCCUCCCUUCAGCGAGGAGCUAUACGAUUUCUCGGGGUGCUGACGGCAAGACCUACGUCGAGCCACCCGACAACCCCCAAAUCUCCUCUUAUGAAGACGCCUACGAGAGCUCUUCUGGCCAGUCUUUCAACAUAAUGCACGGCUCCGUUGAGACUUCCCAAGGCAUUCAACCUGUUCAGUUGAUCAUUGGGUGUUAUUACCAAGGCAUUAGAAGCUGUUUGAGCUUUAUCAAAGACUUCUAUGCCACCCACGUCCAGUGUUUCAUCGGCGGAUGGUGUGCGGCUCACAUGUAUUACUAUCAUGCUAGCAGAAAGCAGCCAACGCUCUGGGAACGGAGUCAUGACUCAAGAGCUGUCAGGAAGGCGAUAGCAAAGUAUCAAGAUCGGGGCUACUCGUUCCGACCUUCUGAGUCUCGUGAGCCCACUAUCCGCCGCUUCCAUGACGAUCAAACGAUGUUUCUGGACUACGGGGACAUUUACCGAGCCUUUAUCCGUAAACCAAACUUCGACAUGGUCGACGGCUGGCUUGCUGACCGGCGCCGCAACAUUGAAUCGAUCCACUGGGUGGAGUUUGAGAGGAAGCUCUCGGCCAUGUAUAGUCCUUUGGAGGCUUGCGCAAGAGGUCGAGCUUCAUUCGCGUCCGAGAAGUUUGGACUUCCCCUAUGCCGACUCCGACGCCUGGCAGAUAUCGUGGCUCUGAAUACUCCGGAGUCGGAUUGCAUGCGAUCCAAGUCGUUCUACAGCAGCGUGAGGAAAACAAUAGCGGGCACGGAGUGGACCGUCAGGGAAGCGGCAAGGUCAGGUGGGGUUUACUGUGCUCUGCAUGACGCGAAUCCUUGGUCAUGGACAAUGUAA